AUGCGAUGGUGCUGCGGGCCGGCUGGGCCCGCUACGCCCCUACUAGAGGCCACACCACAGGGCCUUAUCGACGCAUUCGGGCCAAUGAGUAUUCGUCCUAACAACACGGCGUUGCUGAUCAGCGAGGGUGAAGCUGAAGGCGCUUUUUUGGAAAAACUACGUGGUCUUGGAUGGUCCAUCAACGUGGCGCCCGUUUCACAAGCCAUCUACUCCGUCCAGCAACUACGUCCCAUUCUUCUAUUGCUUGACAACAGAAUACCUGAAUUACCAGCACUUUCUAGGUUGGUUUAUUUGUUCCUUUAG